AUGUCUGCUGCUGUAGGAGCUGUGUCAGCGACCAAAGAUGUUUCUUUUAAUGUUCAUUUGGAGGAAGAGAACAAAAACAAAGGAACCAAAAAGGUUGAUGGUGUCAACUAUGAUGAUGUUGAGGAAAUUGUGCUAGAUGAAGAUGAAGAGGAAGAACACAAGGUGGAGUUGGAUCUUGGUCCUCAGUUUUCUCUCAAGGAACAGCUUGAGAAAGAUAAGGAUGAUGAAAGCUUGAGGAAAUGGAAAGAGCAACUUCUAGGAAAUGUUGAUGUGUCUGCUGUUGGAGAGAAAAUUGAGCCAGAAGUGAAGAUAGUGAGUCUCACCAUUAUAUGCCAAGGAAGACCUAACCUCAUCUUGCCAAUUCCACUCACUAGUACUGAUUCCAAAAAGAGUAUUUUCACUCUCAAGGAAGGAAGCCAAUACAGGCUAAGAUUCUCCUUCACUGUCUCAAACAACAUUGUUUCUGGACUCAAAUAUACUAAUGUUGUUUGGAAAACUGGGGUUAGAGUGGACAACACAAAGAAAAUGUUGGGAACUUAUAGCCCACAGCAGGAACCAUAUACAUAUGAAUUGGAAGAAGAAAUUACUCCUUCUGGUUUGUUUGUAAGAGGAACCUAUUCAGCAAGAACCAAGUUUGUAGAUGAUGAUCGAAAAUGCUACCUGGAUGCUAGUUAUAGGUUUGAGAUUCAGAAGAAUUGGCCUACACACAACUAA